AUGCUUCUGACCUCGAAAGUAGGAUCGCUCCUCAGCAUUUUCUCCUUCUUCCUCAUAACGUCCGAGAUCGUUGAAGGUCAGGGUUAUACCACCGCAGGGACAUCUGCCGCAAGAUCACAGUCCAGUGCCCUCGAACCCUUCCUUGAUCAGCUUUUAAAGGAUCAGAACCUGGACUCUCGGUCUUCGAUUUAUGCCAUCACCGAAUUGACUCAGCAAUCGUCCAAGCACCACCUGCUGACACAGUAUAUCUAUCGAAAUGGACAAGACUUCAACCCUCAAAUUGUCUACCUUGGCACGGAUCCCAAAGAUCCGUCAGCACAUCUAGCCGUUAAGCCGUUUGCCCCAGACUUAGACUUGGCUGAUGAUAUACUGCGGAACGGCAAGUUUCACAGAUGGAAAAACAGAGAGGGCCUGCUAGCAAUGAGGCUUCGAUCGAGAGAAGAGCCAGAGUUUGCAGGAAUUAUCUGGCUGUCGAAGAGGCAAAUGACGAAAGGGAUAAAAUGGGAAGCCGUACAGACAUUCGAUCAGCUGCAAAGCGAUCUGAGUUUGGGUGUAAUUGAAAGGGUCUUGCAUCAUCUACCCGUGAGGAGAAAGUGA